CAUUACUGUAAAUGAAAAGCUUUGGAAUAUCAGAUGUGACGUAAUGUUUAGAGAUCGCCGAACAGGAAGCGGCACGCCCUCAAGCCCUAUUUGAGUGUGUAGCGUACAGACGUAAGGAAUAAACAUGUCAAGAUCCAUAAAAGAGCUUAGUCUUCAAUACAACUCGAUUAAUGAAAGCAACACUUUUACUAGUGGAGACAUCGUGGAGGGACGAGUUGUUUUGGAAGUGACCAAAGAAAUAAAGGCGGACAGUUUUUUUGUGAAGCUGACGGGGGACGCAGAUGUGCGCUGGACUGAAGGCUCAGGUGACGACGAAACGACCUAUAGCGACCACGAGAGAUACUUCAAACUAAAGCAAUACUUCAUUCAAGAGAACUCGAAGAAAGGAAUAAGUGAGAAGAACACAACUCUUCUAGAUGGAGAGACUUAUGGACCGGUGAUCAGGCCGGGAAGUCAUGUUUUUCCAUUCACAUUUCAGCUGCCUCAACAAAAUAUGCCUCCAUCUUUUAAAGGAUUUCACGGCUGGGUUAAGUAUGUCUUGACAGUAAAGCUGAGCAGGCCUUGGAAGUCAACAUCUUCUACGUGCACAGAAUUAAACUUUGUGCAGAGAAAUGACGGGACAAAUGAUCAUUUACUGCAACCGCAAUCUGGCACACAAGACAAGAAGAUGAAACUUUUUGGCUCAGGAAAAAUGUCAAUGGCUGUAACAACUGAAAAAACUGGCUAUGUGCAAGGUGAAACAAUCAGAGUUUUUGUUGACAUUGACAACUCUUCGUCUCGUGACAUCAAGCUAAAGUACAGCCUCAAGCAGCAACAGACGUUCAUCGCUGGCAGGAGCACUAAUAGAGGACAUAAGGACAUAGUCAAAGAGACCAGAGAUCGCAUCCCUUCUGGAGAAAAGUCAAAAUUCAUACUGGACAUGAUCCUUCCUCCUGACCUGACUGUCACCAUUGAAAACUGUAGAAUUAUAAAAGUGCAGUAUGAACUUAAGGUUUAUCUGGACGUGUCUUUUGCAUCAGAUCCAGAAGUCAAAUUUCCUGUGGUCAUUCUUCCCUUUGAACAACAGUGUCCUCCGUGGCAAGGAUUCCAGCCAUAUCCACCACCUCAGCCUAACCUGCCUUAUCCUGGAGAACAACCUCCUCCACCUGCAGGACUUUACCCCAAUCUGUAUGAUCCUUCAGUGCUGCCCUAUCCGGGAGCUGCUGCCGGGGUCUAUCCAAAUCCAAAUCCCAUUCCCAUUCAAUCUGGUUUCCAUCCAGCUCCUUCUGCACCAAUCUAUGAUCCAAAUCAGAGCAAAUCAUCUCCUGAUGUGUCAUAUUAAUCUUUCACCAGCCAAACAAUGUUGUCUGCGUGCCUUCUAUCUGCAAGCUCAGUGCCUAUUAUUGUGCCUUUUAAGCUUAGCACUUUUCUUCGGUAUACAGGAAAAGUUGUAAAAGGUGUAGUGCUGGUGUGCUUUCAGGAACAGGGUUGGGAAACACUGGUCUAUACAUUUCCUGUAUAAAAAGGUGCUUUUUGCAUGAACCAUGCAUGAAUAUAUAUAUAUAUAUAUAUAUAUAUAUAUAUAUAUAUAUAUAUAUAUAUAUA